CUGAAAUGAAACGACAAGAAUUGCUUAAGGCCGGAAAAUUUAUUGCUAAAUAUAAGCAUCCUCAUUCUAAAACUCACAGCAAAUUAUUAAAUUCAGAUUUAUUUCAAGAUUCUGAAUCUUUUACAUUAUGCCCUAUAAUUUCUUUUCAAAAUAUUAAUAAUGAUUCAUUUAAUAUUAUCAGUCCUAAUCAUUUUAAAAAUGCCAACGGUUUAAAUUCAACUAUAAACUUAUCAACUUCAAAAAAACGCACUACCGAACUUUUACCAAAUAAAAAUGAUUAUA